UAAAAAGGUGGAACUGUAAUCCGGGGCUUAUUUUUUCGCCCGUUGCUUCUAAGCCGUCGAGGUAUGCGCAUCUCCCUUCUCACUGUCGCAGGCGCAUCUUAGCGAGCUGAUGUCUUCCCUGCCGGUGCUCGAUCACCUGCAACUCCGCUGGAAAAUGGUGGAGGCAGGUAUGCGAUUCGAGCUUCACACUUCCCCUCUCAAUCUCUCUCCGUCUAUGUGAAACGCCCUUUUUCUUUUUGUUGGUCGAUCGUCGUCGGUUUUCAUUUUUCUUGUUGAUCAACCAUUGCCCUUUCUUCCUUCGGUGUACCAUCUCCUUCUCGCAGCUGCUCGGUUUAGAGAGAGAAGGAGAAGUGAAGAAAUCUAAUUUCAUCGAUGGCGGCAAAGCAAUUGGAGGAGAUACAGAAGAAGUUGACAAUGUUGAACUACCCAAGGGCCUCUGCUCCGGCACAAUCCCUCCUUUUUGCUGGCACUGAGAGAUAUGCGUUGCUUGAAUGGCUGUUCUUCAGGCUUUUGGGCGAGAAAUCUCCAUUCACACAACAGAACCUGCAAGGAGAUGCUGAUGAUGAAGCAGCUAGGAUCCAAUAUUUGGCAGAGAUAGCCAAGUUUCUAGGUAUAACGCCAACUGAUGACAUAGAAGCAAUCCAGGGCAGAGGUAGCUAUGAAGAUCGUUCUGAUAUGCUCCGGCUUAUUGUAGACCUUGUGGAGGCAAGCUGCUAUGCUGACAACCCUGAAUGGAGUGUUGAUGAACAAGUUGGCAAAGAUAUUCAACUCUUAGAUUCUAUUGCUGAAAAACAAACACAGAUAUUUUCUGAAGAGUGCAAGCUGUUUCCAGCAGAUGUUCAGAUCCAAUCGCUGUAUCCUCUGCCAGAUGUUGCAGAAUUGGAGCUGAAACUUGUCGAACAUUCCAAACAGAUGUCAAGCUUACAACAAAUGGUCCACGAUUUAGCUACAAAGCAUGCUUACAACCCAGAUGAAGAUUACACAGAAGCAGAAUCUCGGCUCCGGGUGCAGUUGGAUUCUUUUCUUGAAACUGCCAGGUCCUUCAAUUUGAUUUAUGGAAAGGAAAUUCGCCCAUGGACCCACAUGAUGGAAGUCCCACAAUUACAUGGAUUUGGCCCAACGGCUAAUCACUUGUUAGAGGCCUAUAAGGUUCUGCUAAAGUUUCUUGGGAACUUGAGGAAUCUUCGUGAUGCCCAUGCUGCUAUAGCAGUUGGAUCGGAAUCAACCGCUGAUAAGUCAUCCUCCUCUUCGGUCACAAGGAUAAUUGCAGAGUGUGAGUCUGCUUUAACAUGCCUCAAUCGUGACUUGGGAAUUCUCUCUGCGUCUCUCAGUAGAGAACAAGGUGGAGCUAAUAAAGAAAAGGAAUAGCGCUGUUUUCAUGAAUCAUUCCUCUUUCUCUUGUGUUGAAGGAUGACAAGAAUUCAGGCACAAAGGACAUUUUGCUUCAACAGGAUGAGGUCACUGAUGAAGGCUCUAAAUUUUUUAUUACUGAAAAUUCUGAUGGUGAUUUCUCAUUUUUGCUGCAUAUUUGGUCCAUGUUAGUCUUGUCUUUUUUUUGUGAGGCAUAGGCUUCCACUGUGAGAACCUUUUUGUUUAAUGAAUGUAGUUAAAACAUCCUUGAGUUUCUAA